UUGCCAGGAUACGGUUUGCAAAGGUUCCAAGCAACCUUAAAAUGGCGAAAAUGUGCAAAAUCUCUUCCAUGAUUCCAAAACGUUUCAUGAUAAGAUUGGUGUGUUUUGGCGCAGUUUCCGUCUUAGCUUUUUCGUAUUGGACUCAACAGCCCCGCAUCCCUAGUGUAGACCUCAGCGUAAUACGUCGUGUUUGUGGACAGAACCAAGUCAUUAAACCUACUUGUUCCUGUCAAGAGCGCAAGGUUACGCCUCCGACACCCCAACCGCAAAAGUCUUCCUUUGACAAAGUGAAUCAGACGAAAGACGUGCCAGAAAAACAGCACAUUGUUUUCGUUAAGACGCAUAAGGCAGCCAGCUCUACUGUCUUAAACAUAGUGUACCGGUUUGCCCAAGAACGAGGACUGAUUAUCAUUCUUCCAAAAGUGGGUAACUAUCUAAACGGCAAGCAUCUUAACAAGACCAACAUCCUCCCGCCGCCGAAAGGAAAGAAGUUCGACAUUCUCUGCAACCAUGCCAUAUUUAACUACACAUCAUUCUCGUCUUAUCUCCCAGCCGACACAGAAUAUAUCGGUAUUGUGAGAGAACCAUUUCAAAGAUUUAUCUCUGCAAUGUAUUAUUUUCGAUUCACCCACACCCACAAAUAUCUUCAACGAAUUCCUGCGAGGCAUGGUUCUAAGAUUCUGAUGAAGUACCUGGAGAAUCCGAUGGCAUGGGAACCAGUGAACCCACUGGAAUCUCAGACCAAUAACAGAAUGGCCAUAGACUUUGGGUUUCCAGCUCAACUGUUCCACAACGAAUCGUUGUUUGAAGAAUACUUGGUAACACUCAACAAAACAUUUCGAGUGAUAAUGGUUGCAGAGAAAUUCGACGAAUCGCUUAUUCUGGUGAAGCGUUUUCUCAACUGGAAUCUCAGGGACGUGGUGUAUAUAGUUAAAAACAGAGCUAGAUUCAAGCCGCGGAUACCCAAAAUCGAGGGAAAUUCAUGAUGAAUUUUCAUCAAGUGUCAAAUUUAGAUAAAAAACUUUAUGAUUUCGCUCUAAAGAGACUCCAAAAGCAAAUUGAACAAGAAGGUCCUGAUUUUCAGAAAGAGGUGGAAUAUUUCAAGACAUUACAAGAAAAGGUUGCAGGUUUCUGUACACGUUGGCAGAGAAAACGUCAGCUUGAGAUCCCGCCCAGCAACUGGACGCGUGGGUUUACCCUGAACCGGCGCGGCUGCUCGGUAAUUCGGAUGGAAGAACUGCCGUUUGUGACCUACUUACAAAACCUUCGGCAAAAUGACCUAGCAAGAUUGGGUGCUAACAAUGACUUUAUGAAAUCAAUACCUCUUUGAUUGUUACGAUGUGUGGACUUUUUGUUUUGUUUUGGGUUUUAUUGUGUUUUUGUUCUUUUGGCGUCUCCUGAGGUAAAUGCAUUUGUUCGUGCAAUGCCUCUGUUCACCAGCGGUGAAUGGGUACCCGGUAGAAAACACACUGUAACCGAAGCGCCUCACAAGCAGCUUCAAUGGUAUACUCUUCAGGAAGCUGAGACUAUAAAUAUAGUGAGCACGGAUCCACUGAUAAUGAAGCGCUCUGAGUAUUAGCAUUGUGUAUUGGGAGCAUUAUAAAUGCCCUUUAUCAUUAUCAUUCAUUUUAUUAAUUAUUAUUAUUGUUAUUUACAGAUUAAAACAAACGAAUGCAGGAAAGAGGGUUUGGGUGGUACUGGUACAGUGAGACUAGUUAGGCUCAUCAUCAGGUCAACGCCCUUGCCCCCUUUACACGGAAGGACCCGUGAAGAUCCUGUUAGAAUUAUCUUUAGUGACCCAUGUUUCUCGUCAGAGGCGACUAACGGGAUCGGGUGGUCAGGCUCGCUGACUAGGUUGACCCACGUGUCAUCGUAU